GAAGCACUACAGAAUCAUCGCAACGGUCCGCUGGCAGCGAAACAAAAGAAAAAAAAAAUAUCGGCGCCGUCUCCUGCACUCCAGAGUCAGAAGAGACCCUGCCCCCCCAAAUCACCGGGCGAGCGAGAUCGUCGUGGGCGGCACUCGCUCUCGCGCGCGGUGAGGCGGCGCUAUCAGAGCGGACUCCGCCAGGUAGGCAGGUCUGCUGCACUCUGCACUGCAAACAUGGCCGCGGCCGCCGGGCUCAGCCGCCGCUGCACCGUCCGCGGACAAGUCGAGCUUUCGCCUUCCGGGAGCAACCGUCUUCGCCCGGUCCUGGUGUUGUAGAAGAGGAAAGGUUAGGAGGAGGGGGAGAGGUAAGGUGAGCGACAAUGGGGGCGAUUGGGGGUGAUGAGCUGGUGCAGUGGGAUAAGAUGGCUGGACCGGAGGCGGUUAAUGGAGGCGGAGGAGGUGUGGGGAGGAUGGACAGGAUACAGGUGCUGGUCAGGCUUAGGCCGCUGAGCGAGAAGGAGGUUGCGAGGGGGGAACCUGUGGAGUGGGAGUGCAUCAAUGACACCACCGUCAUGUUCCGGAGCACCUUCCCGGACCGACCAACAGCCCCGACGGCGUACACAUUUGAUCGGGUUUUUCAUUCUGACUGCAGUACCAAGGAAGUCUACGAGGAAGGGGUUAGGGAAGUUGUUCUAUCAGUAGUCAGUGGCAUUAACUCAAGUAUUUUUGCGUAUGGACAAACGAGUAGCGGAAAGACAUAUACCAUGACAGGAGUAACAGAGUAUACAGUAGCAGACAUAUAUGAUUACAUUAAUAAGCAUGAAGAGAGAGCAUUUGUUCUAAAGUUCUCAGCAAUCGAAAUAUAUAAUGAAGUUGUAAGGGAUCUUCUUAGCGCGGAAAAUACUCCUCUUAGACUCUGGGACGAUGCAGAGAAGGGCACCUAUGUGGAGAACCUUACUGAGGUUGUAUUAAGGGACUGGAACCACCUCAAGGGGCUUAUUUCUGUAUGCGAAGCUCAAAGAAGGACAGGGGAGACCUUUUUAAAUGAAAAAAGCUCCAGAUCUCAUCAGAUACUGAGAUUGACAGUUGAAAGUUCUGCUCGGGAGUUCCUAGGGAAGGACAAGUCAACUACACUUGUUGCUAGUGCAAACUUUGUUGAUCUGGCAGGAAGUGAGCGUGCAUCGCAGGCGUUGUCUGCUGGCACAAGACUAAAAGAAGGUUGUCAUAUUAACAGAAGUUUGCUUGCCCUCGGCACUGUCAUUAGGAAACUAAGCAUGGGGAGUAAUGCACAUAUACCAUAUAGAGAUUCAAAGCUCACACGCAUAUUACAACCAUCUUUGGGAGGUAAUGCAAGAACUGCCAUCAUUUGUACACUGAGCCCAGCCACCAGUCAUAUUGAGCAAUCAAGAAAUACUCUAUUAUUUGGGAGCUGUGCAAAGGAAGUAGUUACAAAUGCCCAAGUCAAUGUGGUCAUGUCUGAUAAAGCGCUAGUUAAACAUUUGCAAAAGGAAGUUGCUAGACUGGAGAGUGAGUUGCGGCAACCAGCUUCAAAUUCCAGUCUUGAAGCAUUAGUAAAGGAAAAGGACAACCAAAUCAGAAAGAUGGAGAAAGAAAUAAAAGAACUCAAGUCACAGCGUGAUUUGGCUCAAUCUAGGUUGCAGAAUCUGCUGCAGACUGUUGGGGACCACCCGAAGCACUCGGGCUCAGGAAAGCGUUCAGCCCGAAGUCCUCCAUCAAUUGGAAUGCCCCCAAGCAUCAGCAGGGAUGAUAGUUCUCAGAUCUCUCAUGAUGAUUCAGAUCUUUACAAGGAAGUGCGAUGCAUUGAGACCAGUGGAACAGGAGGAAAUGAACAGUUGGAUAUGUCAGCUGGUGAAAGCAGUAGUCCACAAGGUUCAAACAUGAAUUCUAGCUUGUGUGGUAAUGGUUCAAAUACGUCAGUGAAUUCAAGGCAUUCAAGGCUCCUUGGUGAAUCUCCUAUCACGUUGGAGCAGCAUUUGGAGAAUAUCAGAAGGCCUUUUGCCACUGUUGGCAGAGAUCUAGGAUCUUCGACACGUAACUCAUCAGGCUCCAGAAUUCUUGGUAGAAGCAGGAGCUGUAGAUCACUUACAGGUACUACUAUGUUUGAUGGCAUGGAGGUGGAUGAUGACACCCCGCUGCAUAGAAGUUUGGUUGGUUUCCCAGGAGGGCCUGAAGGGAAUCAUAGAAGGGGAUCUGCACUGAACAAUGAUGUAGAAAGUGAAACUCUUUCAAGAGCAGGAUCAAUAGUUUCAACCAAGACGAAUGGUGCAUGCGAUGCAGAGUUCACUGGUAUAGGUGAAUUUGUUGCUGAAUUGAAGGAAAUGGCUCAGGUUCAUUAUCAGAAACAGUAUGGUGGUCAGAAUGCAAAUGGAGAAUUUGGAGAGGGGACCAUAAAGAGCAUUGGAUUGGACCCGAUUGCUGAUGCUUCACAAUCACCAUCUCGCUGGCCAUUGGAAUUCGAGAAGAAACAGCAGGAGAUCAUUGAGCUUUGGCACUCAUGCAGUAUUUCCUUAGUCCACAGGACCUACUUUUUCUUGCUAUUCAAGGGAGAUCAGGCUGACUCAAUCUACAUGGAAGUGGAGCUUCGGAGGCUGUCAUUCCUCAGCGAUACUUAUUCUCGGGGAAGCACCCCUAGCAAUGUGGUAGUAGGGAGCUUGAACUCUUCCCCAGCUGCGAGUGCUAAGAAGCUGCAGCGCGAGCGGGAGAUGCUUGCGAGGCAGAUGCAGAAGCGGCUCACGGCAGUGGAAAGAGAGCACGUGUACACCAAGUGGGGCAUUUCUCUGGACUCCAAGAAGAGGAAGCUGCAGGUGGCUCGCCGCCUCUGGACGCGGACAAAGGACCUGGAGCACGUCAGGGAGAGCGCCUCCCUGGUCGCCAGGCUGAUCGGGCUCCAGGAGCCAGGGCAGGUCCUCCGGGAGAUGUUCGGGCUCAGCUUCGCGCCGCAGCAGCAGCUGCCCCCUCGCCGGCGAUCCUCCAACGGCUGGAAAUACGGGUUACCUUCGUUCGGCUGAUCGGAUCAACACCCACUCAUGACACGACACUGCACGAUCGACGACUGACCAGAGAGUUGUAACUUUUCUCCCUUCUGUUUCUUCUUUUUCCUCACUUGUUGUGGUGUAUCUUGGCUCUGAUUUGAGUAGGAUCUUAGGAAACACAUUCGCCGGGCCGUUCGCUUGUGCUCCGGUGGCUGGCUGCUUGCAUGCUUUUCUGCCUAGCCGCCGCCGCCGCCGCCGCCUCAGCCCCAGUUGCUGACGACACCAUCCUACGACCGUAAUUUCGGACGCUGUUGUGUAACUUUAACGUGUGGUGCGAUGGUAAUAUGUCAUUGCCAUCUUGUCCGAGAUUGCCCCCGUGCCCGUUGGACCGUGCCCCUCAAUCCUUUCCCCGGAUGGUAAUGAUAUGGAUCAUGGUUCUAGCGUU